UUUGGCCAUGGCUGUCGCUGUUAAUUUCUCAGCACAAGCCCUGCGACAGAGGACAUGUCACAGGGCAAUGGCAGGCCUCCCCUUUGAUCCCUUGCCUUUUCAAAGAUCAUGUCAACUCGAGUGCCAAAAGAGAAUGAAGGAGCAGCCACAUCGCAUAGCCAUUAAAAGGCAGGAGAAAAAUAAAAAAACCAACAACCGUGGGGUCUCUUCCAUCAUGUCAUCAAACAAUGAUAGUGAUUUAAUUUUUGGUUCACCUUCUGCAUCUGAUACGAUCAAGCAUUUCUACAUGUGCAUCAAUGAAAAGAAUUUGAAAAAACUUGGGGACUACAUCUCAGAAGACUGCUACAUCGAGGACUGCUCUUUUUUCAACCCAUUUAAUGGGAAAAAGGAGGUUAUGCAUUUCUUCAAUCUCCUCACGAGAGGCAUGGGUCAGAAUGUGAAAUUCGUCAUCGAACAUAUUUGUGAAGGAGAUGGAUUUACAGCAGGAGUAAAUUGGCAUUUAGAAUGGAAACAGAGGCAGGUUCCCUUCACCAGAGGAUGCAGCUUCUACGAAUGCUCAGAAGAAGGGGAAAAAUUAGUUAUAAAGAAAGCUAUGAUUGUGAUCGAGUCACCUGUCAAACCAGGGGGAAUGGUGCUGGUCCUGUUGAAGAAUGUGACUACAAUAUUUGAUGAGUUCCCACGUGCUGCUGAAUGGUUCCUAAAGCGUCCACAUGUCAUACUACAAUCCGUACUGAAGAUCUACGCUAUAUUUUUUGCACCUUUCGUAAACCCGCUAGUGGCAAGCUACGUUAAAGUUUGGGAAUUCAUGGCUCGUUUGUUAGCCUGUGCAAUCAAAAUCUUACUCUACAUCUCAAGGAUUUUAUUCAGGUAGUCGACACUUACACAGAGUUUCUUAUUGUACAUGAAAGGACUUCAGCAAUGGCUUCACAAACACCAGUCAGCUAUCAUCACCAUCACAGCGAGACCACGUUU